UAGAAAUGAUUUCCUGUAUAACACAAACACCUGCAGCAGUUUUCAUCUGACAUUCAAGCAAGACAUUUGAGUGUUUUCCGGAAGCACGAUGUAUUACGAACCAAAAUUACUUCUGAUGGAGAGGAAAUUCAUGUUUGUAAUACUGCCGAUUAUCUUGUGCACUUCGGCCGUUGGAGCGUAUAAAUAUCACUACGAAGAUUACGAUACCUUCAUGGGGAUCUGUCACGAACACGAGGCUUGCAAUAUCGUGCACCAUCGCUACUGGAUGCCGAGUGCAGUGGAGAAAAUUUGUCGCUGUCCACUGAACACACCAAGCUGCCCUGUCACCCAUACCAAGCAUGGCCACAUUAUGAACGUCAACAGCCGUACGCAGAUGAAGUUUUGUUCAUCAACGAAAAAUUUGAUCAACUGCACGGAGAAUGAUAUUGCUUUACAGAAGAAAACUCUUUACCAGAAGUAUGGUGUAAAAAAUGUUUCGAUAGUGGUGCACUGUCAUUGCGAUAACCAGCAGCAGUAUUGGGUAUUUGUGAAUCAAACAGGUGAAAAUUUUAACGACGCACGACAUCAACUGACGGUUGUGGAUAAUUAUAGAUGUGUCGAAAUGGAACGAUGUCAACCGUUGGAUUUCUGUGGUUACGCACGUCGCGAUUAUGGAUUCAUUUUUCACCGGUGUACCUGCCCACAGUCACAUCAGUGCAAGUUCGAUUUGGAUGAGCACCAGAACGAAGUUAGCGAACUGUUUUAUAAGGGACCGGCUUAUUUAGCCCGCUGCGUACCGAUACACGAUUACGAUUGGUGGUGAAUGAGUUCGUGCCGUAAAUCGUUUCUUCAAUUAUCAGCCUAUUUUCGAUUCGACAACACAUCGUUUUGUUGUACA